AAUUUCCUUAAAUUGUGUUCCGCCGCGGUCCUUCCUACUCCCUUGGUCAGAUCGGUAACAUCCACCGCCGCAGGUGCGAUUUCACUCCGGUGAGGUCGCUCGAAAUCCUCGGCGGGGUUCGAUCUACUCGGGGCUGGAGCCACGGCGCCCUCCAAGCCCUCAGCGCAGGCAAGGCAGGUGAUAGCCGCCAUGGAAACUCAGACAGCCAACCUCACCGCCCUGAUGGAGAAGCUCCUGUCUAGAUUCGACGAGGAGAGGGACUUGGCAGACAAGCGAGCAGAGGCGCAGACGGCGUUCAACACUCAGGUCUCCCACGAGUUGCAGAGCUUGUCGAAGCAGAUCGGCCUUACUCAAGCAGAGGUCGAUGACGUGCGUAAGGCUGCGUCCGCGUCCGCGUCGUCAACCCCAUCCACGGCGCCGCUCGCACGGCUCACAAACGAAGGGCCGCCACUUCUAUCCAAGCCAGAUGACCAGAUCGGGUUGCCGGAGCGGGGGUUUCAGUCAGCACCAGCGCCACGGGAGGAGUACUCCGUCAGGCGACCCAAACAUCAUUUCCCUCGUUUCGAUGGUGCUGCCCCCCGUGUUUGGCUGGAUCAUUGCUUGGCUUACUUCGAGCUCUACCAUGUGCCACAACACAACUGGGUGGCAACAUCAGCACUCUACGUCGAAGGCCAUGCCGCUCUCUGGCUUCGGGCCUUCCGUCAGACGCAUCCAGUGAUCACUUGGGAUUUGUUUCGCCGGGCAGUGGAAGAGGAAUUCGGCCCUGAGGAGUUCGAGUCCUUGAUGCAUGAUUUGUUGCAGCUUCGACAGACAGGCACAGUCGCAGAGUACAGGCAGCAAUUUGAGGUGCACAUGUACAACAUGAUCGCACUCGACGCCACAUUGAGCUCCAAAUUUUUUGUCACCCAAUUUUUGCUCGGCCUCAAAGAUGAAUUGCGAGCCGCGGUGCGCAUCCAAGCACCGACCAGCAUUACCAGAGCCACCGUAUUUGCACGCAUACAUGAGGAGGAAUUGGACAUUCAGCGCCCUCGCCUACGACUCACACCUGAUACAUGA